AUGGCCCUCAAAAUUGCUGGGGACAUUCAAACCACCUGCCGGGCAUUCAAUGAAAACAGAGUUAACCUGGAGAAACACAUUCUCAUCUAUCUGGCAGAAGAGGAAAAUUUUGAUAACUACUGGCAGUGCCUUCAUCAUCCAAAAUCAUUCUUUAAGAACUACAUUGAAAAGCAUGUUAAAACAUAUUUUUCUGACACAGGAAGUAGAAAAAUAAAGACUUUUCUACAAAUCAGUUUACAUGACAUCAAGAAUGCCAUCCUCUCAGCUAUACAUCCAUCUACAGCAAUAGCUAAAGAUAAAAGGAGCACAGUGUCUGGGUGGUUAGAUUUGUUCUGUGAUCACCUGGGGAGUAAUCUGAUCUUCCCAUGA